UGUACUCUCCCAACCACUAAGUCGUCCUACCUCGGAGGGCCUGGGGAUAUCAACCCCCCAUCCACCAACCAAGACCAACAGAGAGACCGCAGACAACACACGACAGACAACCGCAACCAUGGCGCUCACGCAACGGCAUAUCCAGAACCUCUCGGAGGCGGCCGCGCUUGAGCCACACUGGGGCUACGCGGACCGCGCCGUGCCGUGCACCAACGACCCGGGCUCCUGCGCCUACCUGGACGUGGUCUACGGGGCCCACGACCUUGGCAUGAUCUACACGGGCAUCUUCUGGCUCACCGUCGGCGGCAUCCUCCUAGUAUGGGCGAUCGGCCGCCGCCUGUUCCCAGCGCGCGAACCGCACGACGACCUCCUCGCACAGCUAUCCAGCGCCCAAAAAGAGAAAUCCAAACAACCGGCCGCCGCAGAGGCCGACGAAACCACAACAACAACAACAACAACCACCACCCCCCAACCCAAACCCACCGCCCUCACCCGCCUCGGCCGCGCCCUCGCCUCCACCACGCGGCACCACCUCCUCCCGACCACCCCCCUCCGCAUCCUCUUCGGCGCAACCACCCGCCUGCAACUCCUCAUCCUCGCCAUCCUAAUCGGCUACCUCACCAUCUGGACCUUCAUCGGCAUGACCUACGCGACCUGGGUCACCCCCAUCAAGGGCCAGCCGGCCCACGUCGUCAACACGCGAACCACCAUCGGGCCCUGGGCCGACCGCAUCGGCGUGCUGGCCUACGCGCUCACCCCGCUGUCGAUCCUGCUGGCGUCCCGCGAGUCGGUGCUGAGUCUGCUGACCGGGGUGCCGUAUACGAGUUUUAUGUUCUUGCAUCGGUGGACGGGGUAUAUCAUUCUGAUUCAGUCACUGUUGCAUACGCUGGGGUGGGUGCUGGUCGAGGCGUGGCUGUAUCAGCCGCAGCCGAUGGUGUGGAACAUGUGGAUCGCGCAGGAGUAUGCGAUCUGGGGGGUGGUGGCGCUGGUGUUGCUGGUGUUGUUGUGGGGGCUGUCGCUGCAGGUGGUGGUGCGGAGCGUGACGGGGUAUGAGUUUUUUAGGAAGGCGCACUAUGUGCUGGCGAUGGUGUAUAUUGGGGCGUUGAUCGGGCAUUGGCAGCAGUUGCAGUGCUUCCUUGUGCCGGGGUUGGUGCUGUGGGGGUUGGAUCGGGGGGCGAGGUUGGUGAGGAUGGGGAUGUUGCAUUAUGGGUACUGGGCCGAGGAGGGGAAGUGGGGGUUCAGGGCGGUCGAGGGCCAGGCGAAGUUGUGGAGGGAUGAGGAGUUGGGGGAUGUGGUGAGGUUGGACUUUGACCAUGUGCAGAAGCCGUGGAGCAUCGGGCAGCACUUCUUCCUGUGCUUCACCGAGGGGAGCAUCUUCCAGAGCCACCCGUUCACGCCGCUGUCGCUGCCGAUGGCGGACGCCGCCGGGAAGGUGAAGCAUUCCUACAUCUUCCGGGCCAAGGGCGGCGAGACGAAGAAGAUCGCCGAGGUGCUGGUGAAGAAGGCUGCGGCGGAGAAGGCACUGGCCACGUCAGUGAUCAUGCAGGGGCCGUACGGCGAGCACAUCGCCGAGGGCCUGACGCAGGACGUCAACGUGCUCUGCAUCACCGGCGGUACGGGCAUCACCUACGUCCUCCCGAUCCUGCUGCGCUUGGUCCGAGAGAAGCCGGCGCCGGGACGGAAGUUGGAGCUGGUCUGGGCUGUCAAGAGGAGGCAAGACCUGGAAUGGGUCGAGCCCGAGAUGGAGGAGCUGCGCAGGCUGGGUGCUGCCCACGGCCUGCGGAUCCGGACCUUUGUCACGUCCGAGCCGCUCACCACCGUGACGUCUAAGGAGGUCAAGGUCACCGAUGACAAGGGACGGACGGAGUCGGACGACGAUAUCGAAUCGAUCCAGGGGACACAGUCAACACGGAGUGGGAGCGAACACAGGCCCGAUGUUGCCGCCACGGUGAGCGACUUCGUUGGUGGCGUGGCGCAUGGCCAGACCCGUGUCUUCGGGAGCGGGCCGGUGGGCAUGGUCGUCGAGAUGAGAGCGGCCGUCGCCAAGUGCAACUCCGGCGGCAAGGUCUGGAAGGGAGAGGAGCGGUUUGACGUGCGUCUUGUUUGUGAUGAUCGGUUAGAAUGGUAGAUACCCCUUGUUGAUUAAAUUUCUGUUUAGUGGUUUAAAUGAGUCCCAAUGCCAGUGAUGCUGUUGAGAUACUGCCAGCUCAUGCUUAUCCUGACCACACAUAUCCCAACCCAUCAAAGAUCUUCCCCAUCGAACGAAUCUGCUACUCGGUUAGUAUCCACUCACGCACGACAGCAUUUCCCUCCCCUACAAUGUUCUUUCCUCCACUCCUUCACCCACGCCUUCACAAACUCGACCUCGGCGUCCUGGGCAUCCGCCACCGGCUUCGGCGGCAACCCCGGCCUUGUCUCGUUAGGAAACAGGCCGUUCUCAUCCCAGUGAUGCACACCGUCCUCG